GCUGGACCAUCAUGGCGGCGGUGAUGAGACUUGUCAACAGAAAUGCUUUAGGUCCAGCAAUGGGUCAGCAGUAUGUGGCGUUCAGCUCAGCGGCAAAGGUCAACGCAGCUGGCGCCAGAGCAGGUCGAGGUCUUCCAGAGAAGGUGAAAAUAGUGGAGGUGGGACCCAGAGAUGGUCUUCAGAAUGAAAAGACUAUCGUUCCAACGGAGACUAAAAUUCAUUUGAUUGACAUGUUGUCAGCAUCAGGGCUGUCAGUCAUUGAGGCCACCAGCUUUGUAUCGCCGAAAUGGGUUCCACAGAUGGCAGACCAGGUGGAGGUGAUGAAAGGGAUCGAUAGGAAACCUGGAGUGUCUUACCCGGUCCUCACCCCCAACCUCAAGGGUUUCCAGGCUGCUGUGAAGGCAGGCGCCUCAGAGGUAGCCAUAUUUGGUGCUGCAUCUGAGCUGUUCAGUAAGAAGAACAUAAACUGCUCAGUGGACGAGAGUUUACAGCGCUUUGACGAGAUUAUGACAACAGCUAAAGAGGCUGGUGUGCCAGUUAGAGGUUAUGUGUCAUGUGUUCUUGGAUGUCCGUAUGAAGGCGUGGUGGCACCUGAAAGAGUUGCACAUGUAGCUAAGCGUCUGUACUCCAUGGGCUGCUAUGAGAUCUCUCUGGGUGACACUAUUGGAGUGGGGACUCCAGGUAGCAUGAUUAAAAUGCUGGAGGCGGUGAGCAGAGAGGUGCCAGUUAAUGCCUUGGCCGUGCACUGCCACGACACCUACGGCCAGGCCCUGGCCAACAUCCUCAUAGCCUUACAGAUGGGAAUCAGUGUGGUAGACUCGUCAGUAGCUGGGCUGGGCGGCUGUCCCUACGCCAAUGGGGCAUCUGGAAAUGUUGCUACUGAAGAUGUAGUCUACAUGCUGCAUGGACUUGGGAUUCAAACAGGAGUGGACCUCUCAAAGCUGAUGGACGCUGGAGCUUUCAUCUGUCGCACCCUGAACAGAAAGACCAGCUCCAAAGUGGCGCAGGCUACCUGCAAGCUGUAGACAAAAGUCAAAGUCUUUUUCACACACUGUACACUGCAACACAACCAUGUAACCCGGAGCCAUCCUCCUCUGUAUGUUCAGUUCUCCCUAUUCUAAUUUUAGUUUAUAACAUUUAGAUGGUACUGAACCCUCCCACUGUUUGAAUAAAGUAUCUGAUUAAAUAUUCACUCCAUGAUAGCUGGAACAGUGCCUUAUGUAAAGUCGGUCUAAUCGUACAGAUGAUACUUAUUGGAAACUGUGCCUUAACCUGUUUCUUUAACAGUGUGCUUACAUUCCUUUCUGGGCAGUGGGUAAAUCACAGACUUUGUUUAUAUUUAUAAAUGAACCAGUAAAAUUUAAUAUGUUAGCGAUGGAUAAACAGUCCGUUAUGAACUUGGGCAUUGUACUGGCUGUAUAUUUAUUUUAAAUUGCCUCUCUUCAAAUUAAACAUGUACAUAUCUGACGAGAUUGUGAAUUUUAAAAAUAAAUAAUAUUUUAUAAAUCAAA